ACACUGUUGUACUUACCAAAAAAAAAAAAAAAAAGAGGUUACACUGUUGACCCUAUCAUGAACUAGUGGUCUCUCUCUCUUUUGGUUGACUCAGAGAUGAUGGAAAUGGCAAUGAAGAAACUAGAGGGCAAAGUAGCCAUAAUCACCGGCGGAGCGAGCGGCAUCGGUGAGGAAACGGCCCGUCUUUUUGCUGAUCACGGUGCACGCGCGGUUGUGAUCGCCGACAUCCAAGACGAACGAGGCCAGCAUGUGGUGGAGUCCAUUGGCCCAAAAUGCACCUACGUCCACUGCGAUGUAAGGUAUGAAGACCAAGUCAAGGACAUGGUGGAAUCAACGGUCCAGAUUCACGGUCAGCUCGACAUCAUGUUUAGCAACGCAGGCAUCAUCAGUCCCUCUGAACAGACCGUUAUCGAUCUUGACUUAUCGGAAUUCGACCGCCUCUUUGCAGUCAAUGUGCGCGGCAUGGCUGCCUGUGUGAAGCACGCGGCGCGUGUAAUGGUGGAGCGGCGCGUGCGGGGCAGUAUUGUGUGCACGGCGAGCGUGGCUGGUAGUAGAGGUCAGAAGAAACGGACAGAUUACUGCAUGUCAAAGCACGCGGUGGUUGGGCUGGUCCGGUCAGCAAGCCGGCAGCUUGGGGAGCACGGAAUAAAAGUGAACAGUGUGUCGCCGGGUGGGGUGGGGACACCCCUGACGUGCAAGAUUUACCAGAAGGAGGUGGAAGAGGUAGAGAAGAUUUAUGAACCUCAUUCGAGCUUGAAAGGGAUUACACUGAAAGUGAAACAUGUUGCUGAAGCAGUGUUGUUCCUUGCCUCCAAUGACUCCGCAUUCAUCUCCGGGCACGACCUCAUCGUCGACGGCGUUCAAGUGGGUGGGUAAUUGGUUACUUCGUAGAUCAUAUGGGUCUUAGUCUCACAUUAUAUUUGUAUCACCGUGUAUUUUUUCUUCGUAUUUUGCAUUAUUUAUUCGAGUGAAGUUACCCGAUUAUAAGUUGUUGAUAUAAUAAAUCUACAACUUAUUCGAUGUUGGUAAUUUUUCAUUAAUUUAAGGUAUUAUUGUCACUUUUAAUUGUACUA